CCCUACUAGGUUUUCCGUCCUUGGGGGCCAUGGAAGCUACGAGGGAUGAAGUUAAUUCAUUCUCUUGAGAAGUUGGUUCUUUCCUAUCCACACAAACACAAGGAACCGCCCCUUCCGCUUCGAGUACACCGUGUGUGGAAGGGUAUAAUUAACUCCGAGUUAGAAAGCCCAACAUGAUUCUCAUCACCAUUUUAUCUUCUUCAUCUCAAUGCAACCUGCUUAUAUGGAUGGUGUCCGCUGCACUCUGCAUUGGUAGUGAAGAUACAACCUUCCAAAAAUACUAGUGCGAUAUGUCACCUAAACAAAGAUACAAAACUCCGUCGAGAGCUUCGUCAUCGUCGCAAUCUGCUCAUACUCAGCACUUCACUCAGUCUAGCUCUUUAUUUGUUCGGUCAACAACAGAUGGCCAUGUCUUCUCUACUCCUAACCAAAGACAAGCUGCCCCUAAUUAUCCCGACUCGUCAAGUACGAAUCAGUCGAGAAACUCAAGCCGUACAAACACAGGAAAUGUAGUACCACUUUAUCAGUCUUCUCCUCAGCUCCCACCCCACCCACAAAGACAAAGGUUGUCCCUGCGUCCCCCGUCUAGCCGGGCAUCUUCGGAUAAUUCAGGUCGUCGUCAGGGAAACGACGAUGAUUCAUGUCUUGAGGAUGUGCUAUCUAGCGAAGACGCAGACGCACUAGGGGAAAUAAUUAUGGCGGUUGACAUGAGAGACAAUGGGAACCUUGGCUGUGCUUAUUACGUUGCCAUAGAUGAGACCAUGUUCCUCCUUGAAGACGUACCCAUGUCGGGUAUCGACCUUGUCGAGACACUUCUUCUCCACGUGAACCCUACUACCAUCCUCAUAUCCGCGAGGGCAUCCGAGGCGCUGGCAGGCUACCUUACCAAGAGAGUCCAAGGCGUCGAUGGGAACCAGGGCGAUUUACGAAGUGCCUUUAUCCUAAGGAACCUCAAUUCUGCUGACUUUCGCUAUGACGCGGGAAAAGCGAGGUUACUGGCUCUCAACCUCGAAACGCUCGGCCACCAGAGCGUGCUCUAUACGUCUAUCGUUGACGAGGCCAUGGAUGAAGGCGAUGGUUUCGGUGGGGAAGAAAACUCAAAACAGGCCCGCCUAAUGCGUCUUGGGACUUCAAUAAACCUUGACAGUCGACUAACGAUCGGCUGUGCUGGAGCGCUGCUCGGAGACCUGCAGCGAAGGAGAACGGCCCAUUACUUGCCAAAUGACCCUGAUGCUUUAGUUGCAUUCAGGAUCAAAUCGAUCGAGAUGUUCGCUUUGUUUGAUUCGAUGUUCAUUAACGCCGAUACUUUGGUGUCCCUUCAGAUUUUACAAUCGGAGCAACACCCGAAUAGUCACCAGAGAGGUCCGAGUAAUUCUGGUUCUGGUUCCAAGGAAAGUCUUUCUGUCUACGGACUAUUUCAACAUCUAGCUCGUACUCCCCAGGGGAAAUUGAAGCUCCGCCAAAUCUUUUUACGACCAAGCACUGACAUCAAUUUAAUCCAUAUCCGUCAGAAGACGAUAUCUUUCUUGUUGAGACCAGGGAAUACCGAGGUUCUUGUACAGCUAAGCAGUGAGCUCAAGAAAAUUAAGAACAUGAAAUCAGUUGUAGCUCUACUAGAAAAGGGUGUUGAUAUUCCUGGUCGUAAGAUAUCUAUAGCCAACAAUGUCUGGGCUUCUCUACAACGGUUCGCCGCAUAUAGUUUGCGACUCAGAGAUUCACUCCGCACCUUGCCAGGAUCAGAAAAGGUUGAAAUCAUCAGAAAGGUAGUAGAUGCUAUUCAGCCACUUGUCCUCUGCCAAGUAGGCGAGCUCAUCAGCCAGACCAUUGACUUUGAGCAAUCCGUGGAACGCGGAAGGACUGCUGUCAGGCAUGGCGUUGACGACGAUCUAGACGGACUGAAACGAAGUUAUGAUGGGAUGGAGGAUUUCUUAACUAACGUCAUAGCAAAACUGCGAGGCGAGUUGCCUGAAUGGGCUAGGAGAUAUGUGCAAAAUUGCAUUUUCUUUCCGCAAUUAGGAUUCUUGACGGUGGUUUCGCUCAACCCAGAAACAGGGAAAGGCAACUACGAUGGUGAGGGCCUGAAUGAUAUGUGGGAACGUAUGUUUGCAGCUGAUGGCUGUGUAUAUUAUAAGAAUCGGCAGAUGAAGGAGAUGGAUGAACAUUUUGGAGAUGCGUAUUGUAUGAUCAUUGACCGAGAGAUCGAGAUAAUCCACGAGCUCGCCGUCAAAAUCCUGGCACAACAAGAAGCCAUAAUUACAGCGUCUGACGUCCUCGGUGAGCUUGAUAGCCUGUUUGCGUUAGCAAUUGGUUGCGGGCAAUACAACUGGGUUGCACCUAAAAUGACGAAUCAAAAUGUCAUCCAUAUACAGGGGGGGCGCCAUCCUUUGCAGGAAUUAGUGGUGCCGUCAUUUAUUGCAAACGACUGCUAUAUCUCCGGCGGACCUGGAGAUCCGGACGAAGGUAUCUCAAACGACAACUCAUCUGAAGUCGAACGAAACUCGAUAGAGCAUCCUAGCACGCUCGUAUUGACGGGACCAAACCACUCCGGCAAGAGUGUAUAUCUCAAACAGGUCGCCCUUAUUGUAUAUCUAGCUCAUAUCGGUUGUUUCGUGCCCGCUGAACAAGCGCAGAUUGGAAUUACCGAUCGUAUACUAACGCGUAUUGCUACACGUGAGAGUGUGGCAAAGAACGAAAGCGCAUUCUCCAUUGACUUACGCCAGGUUGCUUUUGCGAUGAACUUUGCAACUCGCAGAAGUCUUGUGCUAAUAGACGAGUUCGGUAAAGGCACGAAUAAUCUAGAUGGCGCCGGCUUAGUUGCGGCAGUAUUAGAUCAUUUCACUUCUCUUGGUCCUGACAGGCCAAAAGUUUUAGCAGCCACACAUUUCCACGAGAUCUUCGAGGGCCAGUUUCUGACGGAAACUCCGAAGCUAGCCUUUGGGCAUAUGGAUGUUCGACUGGAUUUCGAUGCUCCAACUAUGGAAGAUCAAGUUACCUAUCUUUUCCAAUUGAAGUCGGGCCGAAGUAUUGCGAGCUUUGGCAGUCGUUGCGCGGCGAUGAAUGGCAUCGAUGAGGCGAUAGUUGAGAGGGCCGAAUCCAUCAUGCUUAUGCUCGUUAGAAACGAAGACCUUGAAGUGGUCUGUUCAAAACUCUCGGAUGUCGAGACGCAGAAGCUUGAGGAAGCUGAAGCCGUUGCGCGAAAUUUCCUUGGGCAAGACAUCCAAACACCACCUAACAAUGGAAUAAGGGCUCAAGGCAAACGGUACCGGCAGAUUCUCGAUCAGAUUUCAUUAUUAGGUGACUCAACAUCAGAAUCUUAGCUCAUAUGUUGUUCGGUAAACUUUGAUCUAUAGUUUCAGAGUAUCUCGACGACGAUUCGCUAUAGGUACCUACUCACGUAUCUCUGGAGCUGCUGCUAUUAUGGAUGCUUAAGCCGUACUUAAAUCAAUAGUUAUACUUCUGAAACUAUCAUUUCUAUGCCACAAGCCGAU